AUGGAUCAAGGAGAAAGUAAUUUGAAACAAAUUGAGUCUUCAACUACGUUUCGUAAUGGGGAUGAUACGAUUCAAAUAACGUUAAAUAAUAUAACGUACAAAGUAUUUAACGACAUACCUGUGGAUACAUCGCUAAAUACGUUUAUUCGGGAUGUUAUUAAGCUAAAAGGUACGAAAGCUAUGUGCCACGAAGGAGGAUGUGGCGCGUGCAUUGUAGUAGCGGAAAUGAAUAGCCAUGUAAUAUCUGUGAACUCUUGCCUUGUCCCAGUUUACAUUUGUGAUGGUUGGAAAAUCACAACAAUAGAAGGGAUUGGUAACCGGAAGAAAGGUUACCAUACAUUACAAGCAGCACUCGCCGAUAUGAAUGGCUCACAAUGUGGUUUUUGCUCCCCGGGAUGGGUCAUGAAUAUGUUUAGUCUUGCGCAAAAUGGCAAGAUGACAAUGAAAGAAAUAGAGAAUUCGUUUGCAAGUAAUCUCUGUCGAUGCACCGGAUAUAGACCUAUUUUAGAUACCUUCAAGAGUUUUGCUAGUGAUGCGCCACCGAUGAUGAAGGCGAAAAUAAAAGAUAUCGAGGAAUUAUAUGAGAUUCAAGCAUGUAAGAAUUGCCCCAAAAAGAUGUGUAAUAAUACAUGCAAUGAUUUGAAGAUUGUUUAUGAAUCGAGUAUUCCUCGAACUAUCUAUGUCGAAUUCAAAGAUUCUGUACAAUUCCAUAAAGUGCUAACCAUAGAUCAUGUCUUUGAAAUAUUUCGAAAAAUUCCAGAUGCAUCGUACAUAAUCAAUGGCGGAAACACGGCUCAUGGUGUUUACCGAUCUAAAAAAAUUCAAAUAUACAUUGACGUUAACAAUAUUUCUGACUUACACAGAAUUGAGAAAACAAAGGACUCCUUAAUAUUAGGGGCAAAUGUUACUCUUUCAAUGGCCAAAACUGCAUUUGAGAAAUACUCCAAUGAACCUGGAUUUGAAUACUUAAAUCGUAUGGCAAAGCACAUUGAUCUCGUUGCAAGUAUCCCUAUUAGGAAUAUUGGUACAAUAGCUGGAAAUCUGAUGAUAAAAAAUCAGUACCACGAAUUUCCUUCGGAUAUAUUCUUGAUAUUAGAAACUGCUGGAGCACAAAUACAUAUUUUGGACUCUCCAGAUUCAAAGAUAAGCAUGACUCUUCUCGAAUUUUUGAGUACAAAAAUGAAUAAAAAGUUAAUUUACAGUAUAAUUCUUCCAUCUUUGAGUAUAAAAGAUUUCAAGUACAAUAGCUAUAAGAUCAUGCCGAGAGCUCAAAAUGCUCAUGCUAUUGUCAAUGCUGGUUUCUUAUUCAAAUUAAACAGCAACGGCGACAUUCUAGAGAAACCGAAUUUGAUAUUUGGUGGCAUAAGACCAGAUUUUCUUCAUGCCACGAAGACUGAAGAAUUUUUUGUCGGAAAAUCAAUAUUUGAUUUAAUGACAUUGAAAAAAGGCUUAAAUAUAUUAACAUCCGAGUUGAAUCCAGAUCAUGUUUUGCCAGAAUACAAGCCUGAAUUUCGACAACUUCUCGCUGUAUCUUUAUUUUAUAAGUAUGUUUUGAAAAUGUACGGUAACAAAGCAGAUCCAAAAUUGCAGAAUGGUGGAUCUCUACUAAAUAGAGAAUUAUCCUCAGGAAGACAGGAUUUCGAUACAGAUCGUAAUUUAUGGCCACUGAAUCAACCAAUGCCAAAAAUUGGAUCAAUCUAUCAAACGUCUGGCGAAGGUCAAUACAUCGAUGAUAUUAUUACCAACGAUAACGAAGUAUUUUGCGUUUUAACUUUAGCUGAAAGGCCGGGUGCUAUUGUUAAGAUACAAUACGAAGAGGCCAUGAAUAUAGAUGGCGUCAUAGCAUUCUAUUUAGCUAAAGAUAUUCCAGGAAAAAAUUCAUUUAUUAAUUCAGGCAAUAAAUGGCCUUUAUUUUUAUCAUACGAUGAAUCUCUAUUUGCAGAUAAAGAAAUAACAUAUGCAGGUCAAGCAUACGGGAUGAUCGUCGCUAAAUCUCGUACAAUAGCUCACAUGGCAGCAUCGAAAGUGAGCAUUGUCUACCCCGACGGGCCAAGACGAAAGCCCAUGGUAACCGUACGCGAUGUUAUAGCAAAUAAUGAUAAAAUGCGUAUAAAGAAAGUAGUCGAAAUACCUGCUAAACAACCAGCAGGAAAAAAUCCAAAACACAGGAUAAAAGGUAGCUACGAGUGUGGGCCCCAAUAUCAUUUCCACAUGGAAACUCAAUCUUGCGUCUGCAUCCCUGUUGAAGAUGGCAUGGAUGUAUUUUCGUCCACUCAGUAUAUGGAUUUGGUACAGGGAAGUAUUGCCACAGUACUAGGUGUAAAAAUAAAUAGCAUAAACGUCAGUGUGAGAAGGUUAGGUGGAGCAUACGGUGCGAAGAUCAGUCGCGCCACACAAAUCGCCUGCGCCUGUGCAUUAGCUUGUCACUUAUUGAAUCGACCAACGCGUUUAGUAAUGUCAAUCGAAGACAAUAUGCGUACGAUUGGUAAACGAACCUCGGCGUACGUUGAAUACGAUUUGACCGUUGACGACGAUGGCAAGAUUCAAGAGUUAAAUGGCAAUUAUUGGGGCAAUUGUGGUGCCGCUUUCAACGAGUCACACGCAUUGAUUACAAUUCACCAUUUCUACAAUUGUUAUGAUAAUUCCACGUGGAAUAUGACUGGUUUUGAUGUCAUAACUGAUGUUCCAUCAAAUACUUGGUGCAGAUCACCAGGUUCGGCUGAAGGUAUAGCGACAGUCGAGCAUAUCAUGGAAAGAAUAGCGAGAGUAACAGGAAGAGAUGCGCUUGAUGUUAAAAUAAUUAACAUGAACCCUGCCGAUAAAGAAACUUUAAUUCCAAUGAUCGAAGAAUUGAAGAAGACUUCGGAUUAUGAGCAGCGGAAAACUGCAGUUGACAACUUCAAUAUUGAAAAUCGAUGGAAAAAACGAGGAAUAUCCAUUGUACCAAUGAAGUACCCAUUCCAAAUUAUCGGAAACUAUCAUUCCUUAGUUUCAAUACACGCGCGAGAUGGCUCAGUAUCCGUAACAACGGCCGGUAUCGAAAUGGGUCAAGGACUGCAUACUAAGGUUGCUCAAAUAGUAGCUUACACCUUUGGGAUAGAUGUAAACAUGGUGAGUAUCAAACCAAGUAUCAGUCUGACAUCCCCUAAUAGUUCUAAUACAGGCGGUAGCUUUGGCAGCGAUGCAUGCGGAUACGCGACUGUAAUGGCAUGUAGAGAACUUUUAAAAAGAUUAAAACCAAUCAGAGAAAAACUUGGAGGCAAUCCUUCAUGGCCAGAUUUAGUGCUUGAAGCUUAUAAUAGCAAUAUUGAUAUGUGUGCUUCUUACAUGUUCACUGAGACCCAAGAAGAAAUAAAGCCAUACGCUAUUUAUGGUGUGACAGUUGCAGAAAUAGAAGUAGAUAUGCUUACAGGUCAACACUUGAUCCACCGUGUAGAUAUUAUGGAAGACGCUGGAGUUAGUUUGAGCCCAAAGAUUGACGUUGGUCAAGUAGAAGGUGCGUUCGUUAUGGGAAUCGGUUACUGGACGUGUGAAGAUUUGAUCUAUGAUCCGGAAACUGGUGGUUUGACCAAUUACAGAACGUGGAAUUACAAAAUCCCCGGCGCUAAGGAUAUUCCGGUCGAUUUCAGAGUUUCAUUUCGUCGCAACGCUCCAAACCCAUAUGGAAUUUUGCGAUCGAAAGCUACUGGUGAACCCCCACUCUGUAUGAGUUGUUCAAUUCCAAUCGCAAUACGUUAUGCGUUGAAUUCGGCUCGUGCUGAUGCUGGAAACUACGAUCAAUGGUAUCAGUUGGAUAAUGCUCUUACACUUGAAAAUAUUCUUUUGAGUAGUCUAACUAACGUUGAUGCUAUGGUGUUGUAAAUAGAAA